AUGCUAACUUUAUUCUUCAGUUUGUCGUAUUGUUAUUACGGAAAAGAUGUUCUUGGCUUUUAUAAGACAGAUAAGCCUCCAUUUAACGUAACUGCCCGGUAUUUAAAACCGUAUGAUCAGAGGAACCAUGAAGACAACGUAAAUUUCCGUAAAUCUGAUGAAAUUGUGCAAAAUAAUCCCGAACCCUCGUAUUUUGAGCAACAGGUACAAAUAGCAGGCAUGCUCGAUACCGCACUAUCCGGAUAUCGAAGCGAUUUGAACAAGUUCAAGCAUGUGGAUGACAAAAUGAACAACAUACGUGCAGUAAUAAAAGAAAAUGAAUGCGUUAUGAACGAACAGGAUUUGGAUGAGGAACCACUUAACGUGGUUUCCUGGCUUUACCACAAUAAUAAGGAGGAGGAAAAAAUAGAUAAGGAUUUGCAAAGAGAGGUGGAGAAUAACAUCAUACAUGCCAAGGAAAAGCGGGAUAGAAUUAUGAGAAUGGAAGAAGAUCAUCUUAAAGACAGGCGAUCGGAGGAUCGUGAGCACAAAAAUCGGUUUUUGCAGUGGGCAAGACAUGAAUAUAACGUUAAGUAAAACUUGAAGUAAAUCCUAAGUGGUUAAAAUCGCUUGUCCAUUUUAAUGGAUGAAAUUAUGUGGUGAAGCAGUUGCUUAAAUGUAGUUAUGUGAUCGUAGAGAAUACAUGAGAUUUUCAUUGUAUAACAGUACAGGCUGUGAUAAAAGUUCAAAGGAUCAGAAAUUCGGUUUAUUGUUGAAAUUUAUGGUAGAAAUUUCAUAUGCAAAGCUACAAUCAUUAAGAACAUAAAAAAUUGCAGAACUUGGUUCAUAUUGAAGUUGAACGGGAAACAAAUCUAUUGUUCGUGAAAAACAUUCAUAAUAACAUUUUUUAUAAUGAAU